AUGGACAACCUCGCAAAAACAGUUGCCUCCCGUCUCGGCCUCGAAGAAAACAUGCCUCCAACCCCCCUCGACUCUCCCAAACGCGAAGCUUCCCCGCAAGUCAAAAAGCCCUUGUCCAUGGCCACUGAACUCGUCUACAUCGACUCCGCAACCGGUGUCCGGGAUCCGUACAAUGCUGCUUCCGUCCCAAUUUACCAGACUGCGACGUUCAAGCAGAAUUCUGCGACGCAGAUGGGGGAGUAUGACUACACUCGUUCUGGGAACCCGACGAGGAGUCAGUUGGAGAGGCAUUUGGCGAAGAUUAUGAAGGCGAAGAGAGCGUUGGUUGUUACGUCGGGUAUGGGUGCUAUGGAUGUGAUCACUCGUCUCCUCAAGGCUGGAGACGAAGUCAUCGCUGGAGAUGACUUGUACGGCGGUACCAACAGAUUGCUCAAGUAUUUGAGCACACACGGUGGAAUUACAGUCCACCACGUCGACACCACAAAGACCGAAAGUGUCAUCCCCUUCCUCAACGAGAAAACCGCCCUCGUCCUCCUCGAAACCCCCACAAACCCUCUCAUCAAAAUCUGUGACAUCACCGCAAUCUCCUCCCUCGUCCACCAAAAGUGCCCCAACGGAGUCGUGGUUGUCGACAACACAAUGAUGUCCCCCAUGCUCAUGAACCCUCUCGACCUCGGCGCCGACAUCGUCUACGAAUCCGGCACCAAAUACCUCUCGGGCCACCACGACCUCAUGGCCGGAGUCCUCGCCGUCAAUUCGGAAGAUCUUGGUGAGAAGCUGUUUUUCACGAUUAAUGCUACGGGGUGUGGAUUGAGUCCGUUUGAUUCAUGGUUGUUGUUGAGGGGUGUCAAGACCCUGGGUAUCAGGAUGGAGAAACAACAAGCAAAUGCCGAGCGUAUCGCAGCAUACCUCGAGGACCGCGGGUUUAAGGUUCAUUACCCAGGUCUCCGCUCCCACCCGCAAUACGACCUCCACGCCCGUCUCGCACGCGGUCCAGGCGCAGUGUUGUCUUUCGAAACUGGAUCAACCACCAUCUCCGAGAAAAUCGUCGAAGGUACCAAAAUCCAUGGUAUCUCUGUGAGUUUCGGAUGUAUUAACUCUUUGAUCUCGAUGCCGUGUCGGAUGAGUCAUGCGAGUAUCAAUGAGCAGACGAGGAAGGAGAGAGGGUUGCCGGAGGAUUUGAUUCGCUUGGCCGUUGGGAUUGAGGAUGUGGAGGAUUUGAUUGAGGAUUUGGAGGGGGCUAUUGGGGGGGCUUAUGAGGGGAGUGGGUUGGUGCCGGGACAGCAGGAGGCUUAG